AUGCGACGCCCAAGACCCUGCCCCUCCGCCUCGCGCGUGGCCGCUUCCUUCCUGCUGUCGUUCGUCGCCGCAAGCGUUGCGAGCGCGGCCGACAUGCCCGUGAUGCCGCCGCCGCCUCUCCCGCACAGCACUCCCCACGCCGACAAGGACUUUACGCUGCGCCACAUCUUCCACCACGGCACCUACAAAUACCCCGAGCUGCACCGGCGACUCGAUGUUCCAGAGCACGCCGCAGUAUGGACCGCCCACGACGACGAAGCGGCCAGUCGCGAGCCCGUGCCGCGGUUGCGCGUCAAGUCCGAGGCCAUGAGCAUACAGCGUCUGGCCGAUAGGAGCAAGGAGACCAUCACCGGCAUACUAGAAUGGGGCCGCAUCACUGGGAGAGGCGUGGAGCUGCCGGAAGAAGACUGGACUAUCGACGAGAUUGCAGGCCCCAACGUGACGGACCGCGAGACCGUCCUGAGCUUCGCACGCAUGGCCUCGGACGCCUACAUACUCGAACCCGGCACGGGCGAGUGGGAGCCUGUUGGCGGCGGCUUCAACUACACAGAAGACUUUGGCUGGGAAUCCGACGGUCUGCGCGGGCACAUCUUCGCCGACACCGAGAACUCGACAGUCGUCAUAGGCUUGAAGGGCACGUCGCCUGCCAUGUUCGAUGGUUCCGAAACCACUACCAACGACAAGAUCAACGAUAACCUGUUCUUCAGCUGCUGCUGCGGUCAGGGGGGACAGUACUUGUGGCGACAGGUCUGUGACUGUCAAACGUCGGCCUACACCUGCAACUCUACCUGUCUAGUCACUGCGCUGCGAGAGAAGAACCGCUACUACUACGCUGCACAGGACCUCUACCACAAUGUCACAGCACUGUAUCCGGAUGCUGAGAUCUGGAUGUCCGGACACUCCCUAGGUGGUUCUGUUUCGUCCUUUCUUUCCCUUACAUUUGGACAUCCGGCCGUCACCUUCGAGGCUGUGCCCGAAGCCAUGCCAGCGUCACGUCUCGGGCUACCCGUUCCCCCUGGCCACCAAAUCGGUUCACUACAGCAGCGCAAGUUCACCGGUGGUUUUCACUUUGGGCAUACCGCAGACCCCAUAUACAUGGGAGCGUGUAAUCAGGCCACCAGCGCCUGCACCAUUGGUGGAUAUGCUCUGCAGAGUGUCUGUCACACCGGGCAGAAAUGUGUAUACGAUACAGUCAAAGACUUCGGCUGGCGCAUGGGCAUCGGCACCCACAAGAUUGUCGAAGUCAUCCGAGACGUUAUACUCAAGUACGAUGCGCCUCCUAAAUACUACUACUACCAGGAGCUCAAAGCCGACAGCCACAUCAACAUCAACCAGGUCCAGUCGCACAAGAACUGA